CAGUGGGGCUGGGAGACGGCCUCUGGGGCUUGGAUGCCUGGUAUUGUGUUCCUUGUCUCCUGUUUCUGGUGUCAAGAGAUAAGGAAGUUCAACCCCCAAACUUACAAAUCCUGAAAACAAAUGUGGGAAACAUAGAGGGUCCUCCUUCUUUCUAACUGAAGUAAUUUCAAAAGGGAAACCCAAUUUUUAAUGACAAAAAGAGUAUGUGAUGUCACCAGGAGUUAGUUGCCUUGGGACAAGUUAAGGAACGUUAGUGGAGCUCUGCGUGGAGCACUGACCGGGGGACGGGGGAGGCUCCUGCCGGAACGGGGCCUCCGUGUGGUUUCCGCCUCUGCCUUGGACACCUAGCCUCGGCCGCGGUCCUCGUCACGACUGAUGCGCCCUCUCGUCCCGUGUGUCCUAGAAUGGUCUCUGCUUUUAAUCAGUGGAGUUGGCUUUGGUGGGUGGUCACUGAAGUCUGGGGGUUAUGCACCAUGUUGGGCCCUAGAAGGCCCCACACCAGGGGUCCUGACGUAACAUCGUGGUGAUGGUGACCCUGUGUGCCUCUGAGUGUUGCUGACCCCUUUCUCGAGCAGAGCUGGCUCAUCUCCAGAGACGACCCCGGGUCCACAGGUGAGGACAUGGGCCUGGCCCGUUCCCAUCCUGGCUCCCCCUACCCCCACAGAGCUCACGCCUGGUCCCACGGGCCUGCCACCUGUCUGUGCGCCUCUCACUGCGCUUGUGUCUGGAGGAGACCCACCCUGCUUGGAGCUCAUAGUUGGGCGGGGAGGACACAUUCUACCUGGUAUCCCCACAGCCGUGUUGCCCCAGGAGGCAUCCUGGUGGUCAGAGAUGAGCCAGGGCCUCAGGGCUGGUGCUAGCUCCCCUGGCGGGGGGGUGUUUGUGGGGUCCUCUUCCCCUUGCCAGCAGGGCCAGUGCAUCCUGGGGCUUCAGACCCGUGUCCAUUGCUAGUGAUGUGAGAAGCGGCCUGCCCACCUGAGUGAGCCCCCCACAGAGCGGGUGGAGGGACCCAGACACGCGAGGGACACGGAGCAUACGUGCCAUGGCUCUGAAUGCAAACAGCGGCCGGGAGCAUCCUUAUCACAGAACCAGUUUGCAGACACUGUCAAGACACUGCAGACAGCAAGGUGCUGACGUGCGCUGCGGUGUGGAGGAUGCCCGCAGAGCUGGAGCCCGGCGGCCACGAGUCCCCCGAGGACGCAGCGAGCCCCGCACACGCCCUGGAGCUGCUCUGCCACCUGGACCACGCGGCCCGCGGCAGCACUGCCUGCGUCGUGUGGGAGCCGGCGGGCCCCGGGGGGAGAGUCGUCUCGCUGGCCGACAACCACGUCCUGCUCUGGGAUCUGCAGGAGAGCGGCAGCCGGGCGGCGCUGGCCAGUUCAGCAUCCCUGGAAGGGAAGGGACAGCUGAAGUUCACGACGGGACGGUGGAGCCCGCAUCACAACUGCACGCAGGUGGCCACGGCGAAUGACACAGCCGUCCGAGGGUGGGACACGCGGACCAUGAGGGUGUGGAGCGUCCGCUACAACCACUCGCAUGACCAGCUGGUGCUCACGGGCAGCAGUGACAGCAGGGUCGUCCUCUCCAACAUGGUGUCCAUCUCCUCCGAGCCCUUCGGCCACCUGGCGGAUGACGACGACCUGAGUGACCAGGAGGAGCGCCGGCCAGAGGAGAAGAGCCAGGAGCCCCCGCAGGACAGCGUCAUCGCCACCUACGAGGAGCACGAGGACAGCGUGUAUGCCGUGGACUGGUCCUCAGCCGACCCCUGGCUGUUCGCCUCCCUGAGCUACGACGGGCGGCUGGUCAUCAACAGGGUGCCCCGGGCCCUGAAAUACCACAUCCUGCUCUGACCGCACGGGCCCCCCCGCCCCCAGCGGCUGCUGGCGCCCCGCCAGGAGAGCCCGCCUCGCCUCCCUCGGACGGUGCGGACACUUGUAAACAGUGAGGGGGCUUCUGCCUGCUGCCAGCGGCACCCGGAGUCUCCCCUCACCGAGGACAGCGAUCCCUCAACCCGAGAGGGGGACCCGACCCCGCACUGCGUGGCCUGGUGUCCCCCCGGCCACCGCUGGCUUGCCGCCCGCUUUCUGUUCUCUGAGGACGUUGUGAGCCUCACUUUAGUUUGUUUCUGUAACGUUGGCUGGUCUCCCGAGAAUAAACAUGAAUGAAGCGAGCAGGCCGUGCUGCCUGGGCCCCGGCUCGUUCUCUCUGGAGCUCUGCCCCCAGUGUGGCCUUGUCGCCUGGGGCCUGUUCAAACCCUCCGUCCCGGCCCAGAAGAAGGCAGAGGGGCCUCCCACGCUGCGUCCCGGCGCUGACCAGCCCGAGCGCAGACCGUGGCCUGGGGGAGUCCCGACACCGUUUGUGACCAGGGGUCCCCUGCGCCGUUCCCCACAGGGCCCCACUGAUGGCAUCCUUGUCACCCCGACGUCACACACGUGCUCCGGGGCCACCCCCAGCCUACCUGUUGAAAGCCCGAGUUGCGGGGUCAGCCCCACCCCCAGGUGACCCCAGAACUCUGAGCCCAGGACCCUUGCCGGCUCCUCCUCCUGUGAGUCCAGGGUGAGUCUGGCCGCGGCCUCCCGGGCGUCCCACCUGUUCUGAGAGGGAGAGACUGUCCCCAGGCAGCCGUCAGGCUUGGGCCUUGUUCACGACAGGCUUCGGUCUGAAAAUGGACUCGUGCUAAGUGC